AUGACAUUCUCUCCUACUCUAGAAUCCCUGCUGUAUCCUUAUGGGGCAGACCAAGGUGAUACAAAGAACCCCAAGUCAGAUGAUGGGACAUCUCCAGAAAUUACUACUGCAGUGCCCUUCAGCUUUUAUGGCAAGGCAUACAGAUCUCUCUAUGUUAACAACAAUGGCGUUGUCUCCUUUGGUGUGAACGUCUCACAGUACACCCCUGAUCCUUUCCCUCUGGAUGGUGGAAGUCCCUUUGUAGCUCCGUAUUGGGCUGAUGUCGACAAUCGGAUGGGUGGGGAUGUCUGGUGGAGGCAGACACAGGACCCAGCAGUGCUUAGCCGUUGCACGACAGAUAUCAACAAAUACUUCCCUGAGAUCCCUUUCACAGCUAUCUGGGCCUUCAUUGCUACCUGGGACCACGUGGCCUACUUUAGAUCUACUUCAAAGAAGGUCAACACUUUUCAAGCUGUCUUGACCACCAAUGGGGACAUAGCCUUUCUCCUGCUGCUGAACUAUGCUGAUAUUCAGUGGACCACAGGUCAGGCAAGUGGGGGUGAUCCGAAGACUGGCCUUGGAGGAACCCCAGCACAGGCUGGAUUUGACAGCGGAGACAAAAAGAAUUACUACAACAUCCCUUCUUCCCGUACCCCUGAUGUCCUCAAUAUUGGGGGGACCACCAAUGUGGGAAUGCCGGGGCGAUGGGUCUUCAAGGUGGAUGAAUUUGUGGCUCCAGUCACCACAGAGAGCAUCGACUGUUUGCUGUGA